UUUCGUUGACAUCCCUGUAACGAUAGGCUUCUAAACAACACAAAUUUCCUAAAUAAAAUUUCUAUUUAUUUUUAAUAAAAAUGAUAAAUUAUCUUAUAAUUCAAUAAAUGUUGCUAAAUUUGAAUGAAAUUCUAUUCAAACACCAUACAUUACCUAAUAUUAGAGCACAAUUAAUAUAAGUUUACAGUCGAUCCUUAUAUCGAGCUUUUAAAGCGCGCAAACUUAUCAGACUAUGAAAUUUUAAAACACAACAAAAAUAAUAUAGCCUUUAAAGUGUUUUGGAUUAAUAUUUAUUUAAAAAAAAAACAUGUUUACCAAGUCAGGUAAAAAGUUGGUUCGAAUACAAUCCAUUCCCGAAAAGAAAAAUGAUCUCCCAUUAUUGAAUGUGAGCUCCGAUCUCCCUCCGCCUCUAAAUUCUGUUACCAAAGAGAGUAAACAUGUCGCAAAUGGUCACAUUCAUAGUAUUCUCGAUGAACUAGUCUCGAGAGGGUGUAUUGUAACUCCCCUCUCAUCGGAAGCUACAGCAAAAGAAAAACAAAACAAUGUCCCUCCUGACGCAAAAAAGAAACCUGCAAGUAAAGAAAUCAACUUCUCAGAAAUACUUCCUGCAGAUGACUAUUCCAUAUCGAAUGACGUUCCUAAACCGAAGCAUAAAACGAAACUCAACAUCCAGCCCAGAAAAACCCAUUCAUCAGUAAACUCGAAAGCUAAUCAUCAAAUAAGGAAAGAAUUAACGAUAGAAGAAGUUUUUAGUGCCUUUAAGGCAAAAGGUUCCCUUACAGUUCCACCACCAUCCUCCGAUCAACAUUCACCAAUACUUAUAACUGAUGAAAGGACAACUCCAGUGGAGUCUUCUUUAUCAAAAGAAUUACCGCCGCCACUGGAAGUGACUAUUGCAGAGCCACCAUCAAAAGCACAAACCAGAAAAACUAUAAAUGGAACUGAGUACGUACCUUAUACUCCCGAUCCAAAUGCUGUUAAACGGGAACGUGCCAUUCAAGUAACUAAUAUAAAAAAAGAAACUCUGGAAACUGCUGUUCAAUGUGGCUUAAUAGAAGAUGACGAAAUCUCUUCAGAAAGUUCUGAAGAAUCUGUUUGGAUAAGUGAUAUAAUUGAGGAAUAUGAAUUCAUUGAAGACAACAACAUGUAUGAAUGUCAAAUUUGUGGUGAAGUAUGUCCAAGUCGAUCGUCUAAUUUGAAACACUCAAUGGUUCAUUUGGAGAGUAGUUUGUUGUGCUUUCGAUGUGGACGUUUAUUUGCAACUCCUUCAAAACUAAAUGCCCACGAAGCUAAAACAUAUGGGAAUGAUAAAAUUGCAAUUAAGAAAGCAUUGCGUUGCCCGAAAUUGAAUUGCUUGAAAGCAUUUCACUCGAAACGACAAUUAUUUGAACAUAUUGAACAGCACAGUAUUAGAGUAAGUGAACAGCGAUGUAGUAAAUGUCAGCGUUCUUUUCCCACACCGUUGCUCUUACUGUCGCAUGUUAAUCGAAGGAAUUGUUGGAGAUGAUUGUUGUUGAAGGUGAUGUGUAUAUUUGUAAAUAAAGACUAUUAUUUGUUUCAAUUAAAUCAGAAGCAAAUGGGCAAUAAAUUAUUAUUUUCGAUUUUUUAAAAUA